AUGGAAACCUCAGUGCCUCUAGCCAGUGAUAGUUUUUCAUAUAGUUGGUUAUCAGAUUGUAAAUCCCCUUUGGAUGGCCUUGAGGAGCCUCUAAGAGAAUCUGUUUACAGUUCCUAUGAAGGCACCUCAGCAGAAUUCAACUCCACUAUGAUAAACUCAGAUAAUUUAAGGGCAGAAUGCCAAAACUUUGAUUUUGAUAUUUCUAUCACUCAGUCACCUGUUGUUCUUGUUCAUGCUGAUGAGAUUUUCUCUGAUGGCCUUGUAAUGCCUAUAUUUGUUGACCCUUCCAAAGUAGAGUCCUGCAAUACCCCGGAUCCCUCUCAAACCAUGCUUGGUUCUUCAUUUUCUUCCAGAACUGUUUCUCCAAGAACUAUGGAAAUUCAUCAUGGCUUCCUUACAAGAUGGAGAAAAUCAACAUGGAGAACCUUGCUAGACUUUUUUGGUUGUAUCAACCAAUUAAGGCAUAAGGUAGGAGGCUCAAGGAAAAGUACUAGAGUUGAUGAUAUUGAUAAGACAGAUUGGCAAGUUAGAAGCUUGAGCAGUUCGCAGAAAUCAUCUCCAAAACCAAUUACAACCCAUCCUAUUGGGGAUUCUAAUGAUCAUGAGAACUCAAUUUAUGAAGCAGUCCUCCAUUGCAAAAGAUCACUAGGAAAAUGAUCCUUCAUCAGUUUAAGAGAAGAUAAUUGUAGGAGGAGGAAGUGGAGAGCUCCUAGAAACAUGUGGUGGCUGAAUGAGCAUUCCAAUUUUUUCUUGUUUUAGUUUCUUUCUUCUUCUCUCUUGAAUGGUACUUGUACUUCUCUGCUGAAACAAGCAGUGUGUUUUGGUAGAUGCCAGAUGUGGGAUUUAAAAUAUCAAAUUUCAGGAAAUGUUGGAUCCUAUUGCUCCUUGAUUUUGU